AUGCUGCAAAAUACCCAAAAGCAUACAAAAAAAGGAAAAGCUGAAUCACUAAUCAUCCAAGUGCUCUUCUCAUCAACAAGAAUGGGGUACUUUAGAGAAGCUUAUCACGACGCUAGAUUCAAUUUCGAUCACUUUAUCGUCGACUACAAAAGAAAGUAUUACAGUUUGAAUCAAAAUCCACGAGUUUUACGAGCAAGAGUGCCUAACCAACCAUUUACAUCUUUGAGAACAUACGAAUAUUGUAAGACAAUUCCAGCCUGUGUCACUGAAGAUUUAUCAGAUGAAGAGGAUGAUGAAUAUAAGGAAAAUGUACCUGAAGCGUGGAUAAGAACAACUGAUAUAGAUUUAUUCCCAUCAUUUGAUGCCUGCUUUGACCAAAGCUCAAAUGAAGUAGUACCAAGAAGAGUACUCUCAGAACCAAAUAUGGAUAAAGUUGCUCAAGAGUUUUUAGAAACUUUUAGUUUGAAUAUGAAUGUUGGUAGUCAGACUAGCCCAAAUGGGAAUGAGGAAUUAAUACAGAGUGAUAAUGAAUCGGAAGAAAAUGCUCAACUGGAUUCUGGUAUGCAAUAUGUAGGUCCUUUCCACUUGGUCUAUCACACACCACAAUCCGAUUACAUAGAGGUGAAAAAGAGCAACCGAUUGUCUAGACUUGUAAGGUCAUUUUCCAACGUGGUAUCCAGAGGUGGUGAAAUCAUUGAACCAUUGCAAAGUGCUCUUUCAUCUAAUCCUUUAUCUCCUGGGUUGCAAACCAUGGAUAAACAAGAGCCUAACUCCAAUGAGCCAAUACCCCGCAAGCCACCACCGAUACUCGACCAACAAUCAAUUCAAAUUUGGAAAAUGGUGUUGAAUGAUGCAUCGUUAUCAGCAGCAAGAAUCUCAACUGGAAACUCAACUUCGCCCGUUGUCACCAAUCAAUGUAUCAAAGGAGAUUUUACUGAUGCAAAACUAGCCCCAUCACCAACUCCAACCAAACCGAAUGAUAUAUUUGCUCAACAUUUGGAACAAGCCAAGUUAAAAUAUAGUCCUAAGUCGAGUUUAAUUUAA